AUGGGGUGGGACCAAGGAACCUCAAACUGCAAGUUGUGUUUAGAUCAAUCUUUUAAGCAUGUAGUUGCUGUGGGUGUUGUUUAUAACAAUGGUAAUGAAAUUCUGCACAAUUCACCAUUGCCUCAGAACACACUCCGUGUAAGGAUUGAUGUUUGCACCAAUGAAGAUGCUCAAUUACCAUUUCCUACUCCAGAUGAGCAAACGAUGGUGAAAGAUGUUGAAGGAAAUGGUAUUCAAGUGGAGUUUGAUAGGCAUAUUUACAGCACAAGUGAUAUAUUUGAUAAUAUUGAUUGGCAUGUGUUGAAUGACAUACUUUAUCGUGGAUGGGUUGGUGUUACGACUAUUAACAUAUGGAUUAGUUCUGCUAGAUUGAGUUAUUCUAAAACUGUUGACACCUCAAGAAGCUAUGUGUGGAAGAAAAUUCAGUGCCCUUUCCAACCCAAUAAUAAUGAUUGUGGUUAUUAUAUUAUGAGAUUCAUGAAGGAAAUUAUUACUCAUAAUCAGAUUUUUAUUCCUGAGAAUUGUUAUGAAGAUGCACGUUGCACAAACUACACUAACAACCAAGUAAAUGAAGUCAUUAAAGAGUGA